UGUUUGCGUCGGGUUGCAAAAUAGUUGAAAGUGGAUGAUUGUAUUUAUUUUUCAAGAAAACUGCUGACUGUCAUCAAAUUAUUGAAAGGUAUCUGAUUUUUUCAAAGAUGGAUGCUGCUGACCAAGGGCCCAAAUCACCAACCGUUGCUUCCAAAGUUCACUUUGCAGAGCUGUGUGGUCUGCUUGAGAAAAUUUCCAAAACCCAGGGAAAUGACAAGAAAAAGAAAAUAUUGAAAGACUUUGUAGGUCAAUGGAGGAAGUCACAUGAAACACUUCAUGGCAAGGAUGCACAAACAACUGACUCUUUUCAUCCAGCCAUGCGACUGUUGCUGCCACAUCUAGAAAAAGAAAGAAUUGCAUACGGCAUUAAAGAGCAUAUGUUUGCUAAGCUGCUGAUCGAGGUGCUCUGCCUUGGUAAAGACAGUCAGGAUGCCCAGCGCCUUCUCAACUUCAAGUCGCCAAAAUCAGCAAAAGCUGAUGUUGGAGACUUCGCCAGUGUUGUGUAUUUUGUUCUCCAAAGUCGCUGCCCAAGUCGAGGGAGCCUUUUUAUUGAAGAAGUCAAUGAUUGUUUGGACGGGAUAGCAACGAACAAUGCUGCAAAAAAGAAGGAUAUUGUGAGGAAACACAUUGUCCGGCUCAUAACCAAUAUGUCUGCCCUGGAGUUAAAGUGGCUGACUAGGAUGAUUGUUAAGGAAUUAAAGAUAGGCCUGAGCCAGGCUUCAGUAUUGUCUGUUUUCCACCCAGAUGCAGAGGAGUUCUAUAAUGUCAACAAUAACCUGGAAAAGGUUUGUCGAAUGAUGCAUGAUCCGUCUGUGCGCAUACACGAGAUUGGUAUCACCGUGUUUUCUCCCUUCACACCAAUGCUUGGCGAGAGAGCUUCACCAGAUAAGGUUGACAAGCUGAUGGAAGGUAAGCCGUAUUACAUCGAGACAAAGUUUGAUGGCGAGAGAAUGGUUCUUCAUAAAGAUGGCGGAGACUACAAGUUCUACUCCAGAAGCGGUAAUGAGCACACUGGCGUGUUUGGUUCAAACCAAUUUGAUGGAAAUCUUGUGCCCUAUAUCCACAACAUUUUCAAACCUGACUUGCAGUCCUGUAUUAUGGAUGGAGAAAUGAUACUCUACCACCCAGAGACUAAGACUUACGCCACAAAAGCAAUGAACACAGACGUAAAGACAGUGAACAAAGAUGGCUUCCAGCCGUGUCUGCACGUGUUCGACAUAAUGUUAUACAACGGCCGCGUGCUGACGAACCUUCCCCUCCGAGAGAGGCUCCCGUUUCUUGAGAAGGCUUUUACACCGUGUGAGGGCCGCAUGAUCAUCAGCCAACAUAGGGACGCCAGAACAAACCAGGACUGUGCGGACGCCCUUAACGAGGCUAUAGAUGGACGGGAGGAGGGAAUUAUGGUGAAGAACCCUGAGUCUGUGUACAGACCCAACACCAGGAAGGGUGGCUGGUUCAAGGUGAAGCCAGAGUAUGUUGGAGGUCUCAUGGAUGAGCUUGAUGUGUUGGUCGUUGGCGGGUAUUUUGGGGUCGGACAUCGCGCUGGUAUGAUGUCACACUUCCUGUGUGCUGUCGCGGUUCCACCCACAGACGGGGACAAACCGGAACUUUUCUACUCGUUUUGUAAGAUUGGGUCGGGCUACAGUAAGAAGGAGUUGCGGGACUUUAACGCUAAACUCGUGGACCACUGGCAGGCAUUUGAUAAGAAGAACCCACCUCGCUGUAUCGAGCUUGCUUCAGGGUUUAAGGAGAAACCUGAUGCCUGGAUUGACCCCAGCAAGUCUGCAAUUGUACAGAUAAAAGCUGCAGAGAUAAUUGACAGCGAACGUUUCCGAUGUGGGUUCACACUGCGUUUUCCGCGGGUUGAGAAGUUCCGAGAUGACAAACAUUGGUACGAGUGUAUGACCUUCGAGGAGGUCAAGGAACUCAAACAGAAAUCUGGUGGGAAGCUGGCUGGCGGCUAUGUCGAGUUGGGAGGAGAGGAAGAGCCCGUCAAGAAGAAACGCAAAGUCGUCAGCAGGGCUGUUCGUCCCACUCUGGGCUCACAGUUCCGGGCGGCUGACACCUCAGAUGUUAAACAGGUAUCCAAGUUACUUGAGGGUAAAGAGCUAUGUGUGAUCAAUGGUCCGAGUGGUUUGAAUAAACAACAGCUGGAGACCAAGAUAGUCGAGUGUGGCGGGACUGUCAUACAGAACCCGGGUGCCGAGACCUACUGUGUGAUUGUGGAGAAGGUCAACUUCCGUGUGAGCAGUAUGAUCAAAUCGAACCGUUAUGAUAUAGUGAGGGCCGAGUGGCUUAUCAGAUGUUUUGAUGCCAAUACACUCAAGCCUUGGAGUCCAGAUGACAUGGUACAUGCUACUGGGGCAACCAAGCGUCUGUUUGACCGUGACUAUGAUGAUUUCGGAGACAGUUAUGUGGAGGACACGACUCCCGAACGACUUCAAAGUGUUAUGGCGAAAAUUGAUGUGAAAUCCAAAGACACGCUGGACAACUUUGAAAUAGCAAAGUUAGAAGAUGAACAUUUCCCUGAUGAAUCCCCUUAUGGUCUCUUCAGAACAUGCAAGAUAUAUCUGGACAAUUGUGCAAUAGUUGAUGACCCUACAACCCACAUCAAGGACUCCAGUCUGGACCUUCUGGCCCUGGAACUGAGGUUCUUCGGGGCGUCUGUGUCACGGAGGUUUUCUAACGACGUCUCUCAUGUUAUGGUUGAUCUCAGUGAUAAAAGUCGAGUUGCAAAGUUGAAGAAGGUUCGUGGAGGACGUCAGCGCAAGUUUCACAUUGUGACGGAGGAGUGGGUCCGGGAAUGUAUGGAGGAAGGAAAUAUUGUAAACGAGCGAGCAUUCGAGCCUGGACUGGAUUCCUGAUACUGUGCAAAGUUGUACUACUCAAUAGUUUAAAUACUCAUUAUACCAGUACUGAUACACUGUUGAAUUAAAAUAGCAGAUGUGGAUCGGGAUAGAGUGGGAAAUGGCACAGCAUAAACAGUACAUGUUUAAAGUAAAGGCAGCUAGUGCAUUUUGUUUUCAUUAUUUUAAAUCAUGUCUUUCUGUGAUAUUCAUUUUUAUAUUCCUGUCCAUAGAACAGGAAUAUAGUUUCACGCAUAUGUGAAACGUCCAGCCGGCGACCUGUAAGUUGUGAAGCAUUUUGUUGCCCUAGUGCAGUAACUUAAUAACUGCAUAUAGAAAAAAAAGUUGAUAUUGAGUUCUUGCAUUUAAGUGACAAUUUGUUUACUUAUCACCAAAUUUGGUCAGAAUGUUAAAGGCCAUAAUAUCUUGGACAAGUUUGAUAACCAGACAUAUCGCUUUGGUCACUCAAGAGUUAUACCCUUGGAUUAUAUAAUUACUAAAAAUUGGUCACAUCUGACAUCACUGAAUUUGAUCAAAUUGUUAUUGGCCAUAAUGUCUUGGACAAGUUUGAUAGCCAGCCAUAUUGCUGGAAUCACUCAAGAGUUAACGCUCUUUAAUUACCUUAAAAUCUGUCUUGUCGAAUUAAUAAAAUUAGAAGCCUUUUUCCAAUCAUAACCAAAUUUGGUCAGACUGUGUAUGGGCAUAAUAUCUCAGGUUUAAUAACCAGCCAUGUCACCUCAGUCAUCCCAGAGUUAUGACCCUUGUAUUGGCAAAAACAUGUUUCAGUAUCCACUUUCUAUGUUAGGCAAGUACAACCAAUUAUCACCAAUCUUUUGUGACUGUUGGCAUUCUUGUUUAUAACUGUAAACGUUUGUUAUAUUCUGUGUUUUGGAAUUUCUAUGUUUUGUCUUCACUAUACAUGUUCAUUAUAUAUAUAUUGUAUAAAAUUUUGGACAUAAUUAAUUUUACAUUUUUAUUAUUUAUAUUUUAUUAUUAUGCCCCCUUUUGAAAAAAGUGGGGUAUAUUGUUUUGCACAUGUCGGUCGGUCGGUCGGUCUGUCUGUCGGUCGGUCGGAAUACCAAAUGGUUUCCGAUCAAUAACUUGAGAACGCUUUGACCGAGGGACCUCAUACUUGGUAUGUGUAUUGGUCAUCACCAGCAGAUGAACCCUAUUGAUUUUGAGGUCAGUGGGUCAAAGGUCAAGGUCAGUGUGACCUUUACAUGAAAAACGGUUUCCGAUCAAUAACUUGAGAACGCUUUGACCCAGGAACCUCAUACUUGGUAGGUGUAUUGGUCAUGACCAGCAGAUGAACCCUAUUGAUUUUGAGGUCAGUGGGUCAAAGGUCAAGGUCAGUGUGACCUUAACAUGAAAAACGGUUUCCGAUCAAUAACUUGAGAACGCUUUGACCCAGGGACCUCAUACUAGGUAGGCUUAUUGGUCAUGACCAGCAGAUGAACCCUAUUGAUUUUGAGGUCAGUGGGUCAAAGGUCAAGGUCAGUGUGACUGUAAGCUGAAAAAAGGUUUUCUGAUUGUCCAUAUUUUAUUUUUAUUUAGUGUCCAAAUCCUACUAACAAUUUGGCUCCCAAGGGGGCAUAAAUGUUUCACUAACAUCUCUUGUUUGAAUGUGUAACUGCCAAGACCUAGAAAUACUUAAUACAUUUUGUGACAAUUAAGUGAUUUUGAUGAGUAAGAUUACCAAUUACUGUGUCAUGUUUAGAGAAGUUAUAAAUCUAGCAUAUCAUCAAAUCUCCUGAAAAUGUGACUUCUUUCAAUCAAUGUAUUGAUUUGAAAUAAUAUUAUUUAUUGAAGUAGUGCCAUUGAUGUUUAGUUGUAGUUUUUGAAUUCAAAUAAAACUAUAUUUUAGCAGUUUGCUAGAUACCAGAGCAUUCAAUAGAAGUCCCUUUCAUAAUUUUUAUGACACCCCAACUUCAUAUUCAGAUAGACCUCAUUGAGGAGAAGUGCAGUGCACAGGAACCACAACUCUUGGUGCAGUACUUUUUAGUUAUUGGCCUUUGUUAAGUUUCUAUGUUAUUCAUUGUGUGAGCAAAGUUGAUGGUGGUGAUAUGGUAGUCUGUCACUG